AUGAUCUGGUUCUUCUUGUUGGCUCCAGUAUGGGCUGUCUACGUGGGAUGGCCCAUGAACGAGCAGCUCCCCAAUGUUGCUCGUGUGGACCAACCUUACCUGUUCACACUUGCAUCAAUCACCUACAAAUCCAGUGCGGGAGGCUCCGUCGUUUACUCGGCCUCCAACAUGCCUUCAUGGCUCAGUUUUGACUCAGAUUCCAGAACAUUCACGGGAACUCCAUCCUCCAGCGAUAUGGGUCAAUUUGAGAUCUCGUUGCAAGGCGCAGACUCUGCAGACAAUUCCUCCUUGAGUAAUUCUUACUCCAUGAUGGUGUCUAAUAGCUCCGGCUUAUCGUUAUCCAGUUCCGAUGUGAUGUUCACAUCCAUUGCCAAGUACGGCAAGACCAACGGCCUCAAUGGCUUGGUGGUAAAGGAAGGUGAGCAGUUCUCCAUACAAUUUAACAAUCUGGUGUUUGUGGAAAACGCCCAUGCCUCUAGACCCAUCUCGUCCUACUAUGGCCGGAGUAUGGACAGAACUUCGCUUCCAAACUGGAUUAACUUCGACUCUUCCUCAAACACGUUCUCUGGAACUGUGCCCUAUGUGACCAGCUCUAUUGCUCCGUCCCUUCUGUACGGUUUUAGCUUCAUUGCCUCGGAUUACGCAGGUUACGCAGGUGCCGAAGGCAUCUUCUACUUGGUUGUGGGUGCUCACCUGCUCAGUACUCUGCUCAACGAAUCCAUUAAAGUCAACGGAACAUACGGCUCGGACUUUGACUACACUGUGCCUGUUUUUUCCAGUGUUUACCUUGAUGGAACCUUGAUUUCUGCCGAGAAUAUCUCGUCUGUUUCUACUGAUGACAUGCCUUCGUACAUCCUGUUGGAUGACAAGAAUUACUCAUUGACAGGGUCAUUUCCAAACUCAUCUACUUUUGACAACUUUACUGUUAUUGUCAAGGACGUCUAUGGAAAUCAGGUGGAGUUACCAUACACGUUUGACUCUCUUGACUCUGUAUUCACUGUGAAUCUGAUGGCCGACGUCAAUGCCACCAGAGACGAAUAUUUCCAAUUGCAAUUGAUGCGCUCGUUCUUCACGGACUUUAAUGACACUACCAUUGAUGUCACCUUCGAUCCCUCCGACUGGUUAUCCUACCAUUCACUGAAUUUGACAAUGUCAGGUUUUGCUCCUAAAGACUUGGAUUCUGUCAAGGUCACAGUCAAGGCAACAUCCACAUUUGACUCAGAAUCACGUUCUUUCAAAGUAAUGGGAAUCGAUGGAGACUCAAAGCUGUCUAGCACGUCGUCUUCUUCGUCCUCGACACCUACAAGUUCUACUGCUUCCUCCUCCACUUCCUCGGCAUCUUCAAGUGCUACACCUGCUCCUCAUAAGAAAUCGUCUGAUAACAAGAAGAAGCUCAUCUUGGGCUUGGCUAUCGGAAUACCUGCAUUUGUGCUCCUCUUGGCUGUUUUGCUCUUGUUAUUCUGUUGUUGUCGCCGCAAGAAAGAUCAAGAUGCUGAAUCUGAAAAGUCAGUAACAGAACCUGAGCUCACUGGCCCAGGAUUUGGCGUCACUUAUGAUAUGGACGAUUCUAGGGAACAUGCUAGACAAUUAGGUGCAUUGAACGCAUUGAAGCUUGACAACGACAAUAACUCCACACUGUCAAGUCUCACUCAUGUGGAUUCUGAGGCAGAGAGCAAUUAUUUCGACGCAUCUGAGAAGCCAAUCAAAUCAUGGCGUGCAAACGAUACGUCUGAUUCCAAUGCUAUAAAGCAGAAUUUCCUCUUGCUGCAGAAACACACAUCGCAACUUUCCAUGGACACAGUGAAUACCGAACAGUUGUUUUCGGUUAGACUUGUCGAUGGAGGCAGAGACUCCCUCCCGUCUCCUGUCAAAAUGCUCCUGAGCCAUUCAAUCGUUCGUGAUACUCUGUCAGAGAACGUGCAAAGACUUGAUAGUGACGGCAAUCUAGCUGACGGCUCAAUGUCUUUUUCUCCUUCUAAAACUCAGAAGGCUGUUUCCCCUGACCUCAACAACAUUAACGAAGAAGAAGAUACCAGCAAUAAUACCUUCUACAACACAUCUAAUGAUUCAUCGAACUAUAACUUGAUGGCCAAAUUCCUUAAUUCGACAGCCAACCUGCCAUCUGGUAGUGAUCAGGGAACACAUCAUUCAUUUGAAGAUGAUUUUGAACCCAUUAAGACGUCAGAGGGUUAUGUAGGCUGGAGACGCUCACAGGAUGCACGGUCCCUGGAGGCCUUGAUCGCAUCUCCUGACUCGGAAACGUUUCUCAUCAGCGAGUCUACGCCAAAAAACAAUCUCUCAACUGUCGGAAAUUACUCUCAAAAAAACCAAUCGAGAACGUCGGUGUACUCUGAUUUAUCCGAGAAGAUGUUGGAUGGCAAGAGAGGAAUCAGGGCCAAGCUUGUGGAUUUUACGAGAAGAGGAAGUCUACGAGAUGCUGCUCAUAACCAGAACGUGGAGCACCUGGGAGAGAUCGCCCAGAUUCACGAUGGUGAUAGCGAUUAG